AUGCAGAGCGGUAGGAUAGUUCAUAAGAGUGCAGAGAUGCUGGGCCGUGUGCGUUUGGGGUUUUGCCUGGCGUUCUGUUGCCUUCCUCUGCUGUGCGGUGCCUGUCCUGCACAGUGCAGCUGCUUUUACCACAAACUCAGCGAUGGAUCCAAGGCGAGGAGUGUUCUGUGCAACGACCCCGAGCUCACCCUCGUCCCCACCAACUUCCCUGCGGACACGUCCAAGCUCCGUAUCGAGAAGACCGCCAUCAGCCGCAUCUCCCCCGAAACCUUCCACUACCUCAGCAGUCUGGAGUUUCUCUGGAUGUCCUUCAACUCUCUCUCCACGCUGCACUCGGACAGUUUCCGCGGCCUCUAUGCGCUGGACGAGCUGCGGCUGGACGGCAACUUCAUCACCUCCUUUCCGUGGGACUGCCUGACGGACAUGCCCAACCUGAGGCUCCUGGAUUUGCAUAACAAUAAAAUCACAAGUAUUCCAGCUGAAGCCACAAUCUACAUCAGAAACCUGACUUACCUGGAUCUGUCCAGCAACAGCCUGACCACGGUGCCCCCAGAGGUGCUGACAAUGUGGUUCUCUCCAAAGCUGACACAGGACACUGAAAACUCCAAGAUGAUUCUGGGUCUCCACGACAACCCAUGGCAAUGUGACUGCCGUCUGUUUGACCUGGUGCAAUUCCAGAAGUCUCCGUCCUCGUCCGUGGCAUUUAUCGACACGCGGCUGCGUUGUUCAGAGCCUGAGAGUCUGUCCGGCGUCCUCUUCUCGGACACGGAGCUGAGGAAGUGCCAGGCACCUCGCGUCCACACGGCCGUGGCCAGAGUCCGCAGCUCUGUGGGAAAUAAUGUUCUGCUUCGCUGCGGAACCAUUGGGGUACCCAUCCCUGAGCUCUCCUGGUCUCGAGCCGAUGGCAAGCCCCUGAAUGGGACAGUCCAGCAAGAGGUUUCAAAGGAGGGCAUCAUCUGGUCUGUCCUCAGCGUUCCUGCCGUGUCCUACCGCGAUUCAGGCAAAUACGUCUGCAAGGCCACAAACUUCGUAGGAAGCGCUGACGCCAUCAUCUCCCUUGUCAUCUCUGACACAUGGCGCAUCGAUGAGACCGUGGCGAAGAAGACUCGCGGCAAGAAGCCUGGUGGCUUUGGAAGGGCAGCGUACCAGGAGAAGCUAAUUGCUCGCUACGUUCCUCCCACCACCAGCUCAGCAGCUGUCCCAAUUAUCGAGCCACUUAACAGACCUAAAUCUACAGCAUCCUUUGAGAUAGAGAGCUACAGUAUCUCAGAUGGAAUCUCGGCAGUUAAAAUGACAGUCCCUCCUGAGACGGGCACGGGGACGGAUGGCCGUUCAAUAGAGGUGGAGAAAGAAGUGUUGAGUAAUCUAGCAGGAAACGCCUCCUCCUUGCAGCAAGGUCCAGAGAAAAGAGUGGUACGUUCCGUCAAAGUCAUCGGUGACACCGAUCAUACAGUGUCCCUAAACUGGCGAGCACCAGCUGCCACCAAUACAACAUCCUUCAGUGUCCUGUAUGCCGUUUUUGGUGAGAGAGACAUGAGGCGCAUCAACGUUGGGCCCGGCAAGAACCGGGUCACCAUUGAUGGACUGGUGCCCAAAACAAAGUACAUUGCUUGCGUUUGCGUAAAGGGUCUCAUUCCAAAGAAGGAGCAGUGCGUCAUCUUCUCCACCGAUGAGGCAGCCAGCGCCAGUGGGACUCAGAAGCUUAUCAACGUGGUGGUCAUCACUGUUGCUUGUGUCAUUGCUGUGCCACUCACUCUUAUUGUUUGCUGUGGGGCGCUGAAGAGGCGGCUCCAGAAGCUGCUGGGCCGCAAGUCCAAGGACAUCCAGGACUCCUAUGUGACCUUUGAGACUCUCUCACCGGGAACCAAAGCCAAAGGGUUGGAGGGGGAGUACCUCACUCGGCUCAACCAGGAUGAGUCCAACCGCUUGCUCUCGGCACGCUCCAGCGUGGAUUCAGAGGCCACAGCCAGGACUGAGGGACAGCCUAAUGAGUACUUCUGUUAA